UCUCGCUACGAGCGAGGCAUUAGGCGCUCCGGCCCCGCUCUGGAUCGUUGUCCGUUACAUCACCGUCCACCGGAGUCGCCGAGAUGACUGGCCGCCAUGACGAGCGCGCCACCGGCGAACCCCGGAGAUCCAAGCGGUCCAGGCCGGAGGCGAAGGCGGCGGAGCCUCCGGCACGCCGGCCCAAGCGCGCCGAGGGCCACGUUCCUCCGCCCAAGCGUCGAGCUGCGAGGGUUGCGCGACCAUCUUCGCCCCCUCACGGCCAUCGGGAUUCGGAGGAUGUGGCCGUGGCUCCUCCCCCCGCACGCCGCGUGGAGGCCCCGGCUCCUCCGCCCAAGCCCGAGGACUCCGUCCGCCCUAAUUGGCAUCGCACCGCGUACAGACUCCGCAACCGCGUCGUCCCGGAUACCAGCAACCGCAAGCCCGCCCCCAGCCGCUACGACAACGGGAUAGAAAUUAAGCAUGAUGUAACAUGGCAAACUCCGACGUGUGCACGUGUGGCUUUGGAACACUACAACAACAUGAAUCAGGGGGAUGAGCAUGAGAUGGUUAAAGCAGUGAGCAGUCAUGUCUUUGUCUUCAAUGGUAUCUGGUUCCAUGCGAAUUUCCUUGCUAAGCGAAAAGGAGCCACCACCUGCGUUGAUCUCGUCCCCAAGUACUUCUUUGCUGAACUGGAAAUCGUGGGGACGAAAAAACUAUCUUGUGUUUCAUGUGUUAAGCUUGACCCAGGUGAUCCCCAAAACAUUGGUGGUUGUAGCCUGUGCUAUGAUAAUAUCAUGCAUCCUGCUGGCGGUGGAUACCACGGUGCCCAAGCUCGAUCUGUUCGACAUGCUCCUGGUGGCCUACAGAUUUCAUUCAAGUUCUGAAUGCCGGAGUAUAAUAUAGGCGGAAGAAGAAGAAAAUUGUGUUUAAUUAUGAGCGUCAAACCUGUUACAGUAGAAUCAUGCAUCAUUUUGGUUGUAUGAAGGUUAAAACUCCACUCUGAUGUAUGUCCAAUGUUUCAUGUAGUGUAAGGAGGUGCUUGUUACAUUU